AUGCGUCACAGGAAACCAGUGCACAAGUGUACGAGCAGACUCAAGUGUACUCUCUAUUCCUGUCACUCUCAUACUCCGAUGGGACGACUGUUCGACACGACCAGUGAGAGUGAAGGCGCAGGACCGAUGGCUUUACGUGCUCUCCGUGGCACGGAGGUGAAACACCGCCAAUUUCCCAACUCCGCUGCUGCUAAUGAGGCUUCCUAUACAGAAAGACUCAAUAAC